AUGAACAAAAUAUUCCCAAGUCUAUGCUUACUUUUACUUGCUGCUGUUCUUUGUUUGCAUCAAACGCUCGCGAAUGAGACGCCAAGUCCUAGUGUUGCGCCCGAACCAGAAGAUUUAAUCGCUCAAGCUUGUGAUCGAACUCUGUACAAAAACGUAUGCAAAGCCAUUCUUGAAUCGGACCCAGAGAGCAAAGGAUCUGACUUUCAAGACUUGGGCAAGAUUGCACUCCAGUUUGCAUCAAAAAAUGCUACUGCAAUAUUUGAACUGGUUCUUGAUUUGUCCAACUCAACGACGAAUGAGUUUGAACGACAAUGUUUAGCAGAUUGUUCCGAGGGUUUCCAAGACGUGAUCGAACAGGUUCGUGACUCGAUUGAAGCUUUGCAGUCCAAACGUUACAAUGAUGCUAAUACAUGGAUCACUGCUGCCAUGACCGACGCACAAUCGUGCGAGGAAGGGUUCCAUGAAGAACCAGGACAUGAUUCUCCAUUAACUGAAAUGAAUGAAUUGUUUAGCCAGAUAUGCAGCAUUGCUUUAACCAUUACCAAUCUCUUGGAUGAUGCUGCUGCUGCUACUACUGCUUAA